UGGGAGCAGAGGAGGAACCCGAAUCGGUGGAGCCAUUGCGGUCGCAGCUUUGGACAUUCCCUACGGUGGUGAUUCUGUUGGCUUUUUAUUAUUAUUCCUGUCGCCGCGGUGUAAUUGGGCCUGGGGAAUAGAUCCGCCAGGCGGAGCGGGGGUUAAGUUGACAGGCUCUGAAAAGCCUGCUCGCCUUGGCGAGUGACCCGAGCGGCCGCGGGGUGGGCUCCGGCUCCGGCUCCGGCUCUUCAGAACGACGAACAGCCCGCACGCGGCCCCUGAGCUGGAGGGAUGGAGAACUCCUCUGCUGCGUCGGCCUCAUCCGAGGCUGGGAGCAGCCGCUCCCAGGAGAUCGAGGAACUGGAGCGUUUCAUCGACAGCUAUGUGCUCGAGUACCAGGUGCAGGGGCUGCUGGCCGACAAGACGGAGGGCGACGGCGAGAGCGAGCAGACGCAGUCCCACAUCUCCCAGUGGACAGCAGACUGCAGUGAGCAGCUGGACAGCAGCUGUUCCUUCUCCCGAGGGCGAGCCCCCCCACAGCAGAAUGGCAGCAAAGACAAUUCUCUGGACAUGCUGGGCACGGAUAUCUGGGCUGCCAACACCUUUGAUUCCUUCAGUGGUGCCACCUGGGACCUGCAGCCCGAAAAGCUGGACUUCACCCAGUUCCACCGGAAGCUGAGACACACGCCCAAGCAGCCCCUGCCACAUAUCGACCGGGAAGGGUGUGGAAAAGGGAAGCUAGAAGAUGGGGAUGGCAUCAACCUGAAUGACAUCGAGAAGGUCCUCCCGGCCUGGCAGGGCUACCACCCGAUGCCCCACGAAGUGGAGAUUGCCCACACGAAGAAGUUGUUCCGGCGGAGGAGAAAUGACCGGAGACGGCAGCAGAGACCUCCCGGAGGGAACAAGCCGCAACAGCAUGGUGACCACCAGCCAGGCAGUGCCAAACACAACAGGGACCACCAGAAAUCCUACCAGGGGGGCUCGGCACCCCACCCCUCAGGGAGGCCCACCCAUCACGGCUACAGCCAGAACCGGCGCUGGCACCACAGCAACAUGAAACACCCACCAGGCGACAAGGGGGAGGCAGGCGCCCACCGCAAUGCCAAAGAGACCGUGACCAUGGAGAGCUCCAAACUUGAGGACGUCCUGGGGGACACUGGGCACAGCGGCCUCGAGCCCCCCCACAGCCCUGAUGCCCCAGCCCCGGUGGCUUCUGACAGGUUGCCCCCACAGCAGCCAGGGGGUCCGGAGGCUGAGACAAAGCGUAAAGACAGUAUUAUUCCCGAGCGCAUCGGGGACCGGCCCAAAAUUACCCUGCUCCAGUCUUCCAAAGACAGGCUGCGGCGAAGGCUGAAAGAAAAGGUACCGGAUGAAGUGGCCGUGGAGACCACCAGCCCUCAGCAGAACAAGAUGGACAAGUUGAUUGAGAUUCUAAACAGCAUGCGGAACAACAGCAGCGACGUGGACGCCAAGCUCACCACCUUCAUGGAGGAGGCCCAGAACUCGACCAACUCCGAGGAGAUGCUGGGCGAGAUCGUCCGGACCAUCUACCAGAAGGCCGUGUCCGACCGCAGCUUCGCCUUCACGGCCGCCAAGCUCUGCGACAAGAUGGCGCUCUUCAUGGUGGAGGGCACUAAGUUCCGGAGCCUGCUUCUGAACAUGCUCCAGAAGGACUUCACCGUGCGGGAAGAGCUUCAGCAGCAGGACGUGGAGCGCUGGCUUGGCUUCAUCACCUUCCUGUGUGAGGUGUUUGGGACCAUGCGGAGCAGCACGGGCGAGCCCUUCCGCGUGCUUGUCUGCCCCAUCUACACCUGCCUCAGGGAGCUCUUGCAAUCUCAGGAUGUGAAAGAAGACGCCGUCCUGUGCUGCUCGAUGGAGCUGCAGAGCACAGGCCGGCUGCUGGAGGAGCAGCUGCCCGAGAUGAUGACCGAGCUCCUGGCCAGCGCCCGCGACAAGAUGCUCUGCCCCUCGGAGUCGAUGCUGACCCGGUCGCUGCUUCUGGAGGUCAUCGAGCUCCACGCCAACAGCUGGAACCCUCUGACGCCCCCCAUCACGCAGUACUACAACAGAACCAUCCAGAAACUGACAGCCUGACGGCCAGGGGGCCUGGCGGGCGGCCCGCGGGCAGCUGGGGCCCUGGUACCCAGGGCCAGAUGGACAGGCGGGAGGACAGGGGUGGCCCUGGCGGGAGAAAGAAGUGGGGAGGAAAGCAGGCAGAGCCGGCGGCCAGUCUGGAGCCAGACAGGGAAGGAGGAGUGCCCCUCGGCCGAGCCCCCCAGCCCCACGCAUGUGGCAGCUCACACCAAUAAGGGAAGCAUGUUUCUUUCUCAUGGUGGCCCUGGUCGCCCCUCCCCACUCCCGCUCCUCCCCGCCCCCUCCCAUCAACCGCGUCCCCCGCAGGGCUUUGUGCGAGGGGUUUCAUCUCUGUGACUCCUCCGAGGCCCUGGCAGCUCUGCACGCCGGGCUACCGCUUGGGUCAGAAAGGACCUCAGAAGGCUGAAAAAGUGGGUCGGGGACGGGCUUGCAUUGUUCCUGCUGUCAGCCACAGUCGCCAACUGGCAGCAGGCGACGUAGAGCAGAUGUCCGGGAGGACAAAGGCAGGCACGGUCCCCACCAGCCGCCCGUAAUUGACGGCCUUUGUCCGCCACGGUCGGUUGGACUGGGGGACUGAGGCUUCUCCUCUAACCUUCACGCUGCACCCUCCCCACUUCCAGUUUUUCCUCCGUGUGGCCCCCAAGCCUCAGGCCCGGGGUGGGGGGUGGGCGGGGGGGAGCUGGAAUGUGCCGUUCUGCUCCUACUCCUGUGUUUUAUUGUUUUAUUUUCAAAAGUCAGCUGCUUUGAAGUUUCCUCUCUGGAUGCAAAGAGUCCGAGAUGUGAUCACACAGUUAGCACCACAAGGACCCCCCCCCCCAUUAGUGGAAGAUCAAACCCGGCCCUCUCUGGAAGGAUUCUAGCCACAGAUAGAUUGCCAGUAGCCAAUUAGGGUAAUUGGAAACUUCUGCCCCGGCGGGGGUCCCUCUGGAACCCUGUGCUCCACAGCCCUUGGCUUCCAGGACCUCUGUUCUCUUCUUCGAGCUGUGCUCUGUCAAAGGGCUGAUACUGUCGCGGGUGCGAGGAGUGCGUUAAACCCCCGUCCUGGUUUGGGGGGCGGGGGGAGCCUUGUGGUGAAUGGGGCAGAGAACGAGGCUGGCAAAUUCAAGCCAAACCUCGAGGUGAUGUUGCCCACGCCACACACAGGUCUUGUCCCUGGCUUAGUCAGUGGGAAGUGGCUGUUGGGGGCUGCCUGGCUCCCCGGGACUUGGAGCUUAGCUAACUGGGCUGUGUCGCUGGCCCAGCCUCACCGCAGGCAGGCUCCAGAAGCCGAGGCCCACCCCCAGCCGCGGUCCGAAUGCUGCAGGAGGGCUCUGGGCACUGCAGCCCCUGGGCCGUGGGUAGCGGUGCAGUCACUGAGUCAUGAGAAGAACAGUGAGUCGAGCAGGCGGAGCCGCCAAACAGACAGAGCUUUCCAGGCUGGGAACGACACCGGGGUUUCUCGGAAGGGCCAGGUCCUGGGGAGAGCCCCUUCUCUGUUGGAGGAUGCAAGUCAGGCUCUAGGAGGCGUCACAGGCAUCUGCCCAGCCCCAGCUCUGGGGUCCGGAGCCCAUUGAUAAGCCCCUGUAGAACGACCUCAGAGUCAAGCAGCUUCCUUUACUGAGGCUGGUCACUCCUUGGGUCACUGGAGGGCCUUGGCUGCCUGGUCCACUCAGGCUGGCCAGGGAGUGAGGGCUGGAAGUUUUCCUUUGUGGACUCGGCUUCUGAGAGAGCAGGCAGGGUGGGGGAGGGGGGCCCCCAGUACUCCCUGGCUUUCCCUCCCCAGGAUGGGAGCCCAUGCGGGUCCCAAGGCAGAGCGUGUUGGGGACACGCGUAAGGGACACAGGUUUCCCUGGAACAGGCCUAUGGCCUCUGCCCCUAGCCUUUGCCUCCUCCCCUCCUCGAGCUUCUCCUCACUGCCUUUCCUCCUCAGCAGGCACCUUCAGCCCAGCCCGGGGCCCAGGGACACCAGAGGCCCCACAGGAGGCCCCGAGGGAAGAGCUAGACCAAGGUUGGAGGGCUCAGAGAGGACACAGGGGGCCUCAUGGUCUGAGGAAGUCAGGCAGCCUCUGCGGGGCACGGAGCCGCUCCCAGGCAGCCGUCAGAGAGCUGCGUCUGGGCUGCAACGGGCCUAGCUCCCCUCGAGUGCCAGUGUGAGGCCUGCGUGUGCGUGCGUGUGUGUGUGUGUGUGCGUGUGUGUGAGCACAUCGCUGAGAACAAAGCAGGGCCCCAGAGGAAGGGAGUGACCCAGGGGAAUAGGGUCUCCUGCCCCUUCCACGGAGCAGAGAGCGAGCAUGCAGGGGCUCCUGUUCCCCGCAAACCCGAGACCAGUGGCAUGGUGGGCGCCAUGGGCCUCAUGCCCCUUCCUCCUAACGGCCUCUUUGGUGGUCUUGCCUCAGGGCCACCCCUCCUUGACUGUUAGGACCAGAGUAUGAAGAAGUAAGAUAUAAAUAUGUAUACAUAUAUAAAUAUAUUUUUAAUUACGUGUCGUGUCACGGCGGCUCCAGACAUGGUUUGCCUAGUUUAUCCCAUUGCUUGAAAGUGCUUCCUGGCCAAUCCAAAUAACAAUGUAAGCUGUUUUUCUAAAUGCAGGUUGCUGCUACUCUUUGGGACAUGGAAGGAAAACGUUUAAAAAAAAAUUUUUUUUUAAAGGAAAUAACAGUAAAGCAUAAAUUCUGUGACUCUGAGUCCGCCUCCCGAGGGAGACUACUCAGACAGGAACCGGCGGGGCAGAAGUGGGCGCCCCACAGGCCUCUAGCCCCUCCCCAGGCCAGACCCCCCUUCUGCUGAGUGAGGAAGGCCGUAUCCAAGUUGACCUCUGAAUGUAUUCGAUGGGAGGCAAAACUGGAUAUUGCAUUUCUGAGGCUCGCGUUGUUCUCCCUACCCGCCCCACGGCUUUCUUGGCACCGUGAAGAGGCGAAGUCCGGCCAUCUGAUGUUGAUCCUGUCUCGGUCUGUCCCCCCUGCCGGUCAAGACCAGAUAGUCCUUGCUUUCCACUCAGGCGGCCAGCCCGCUCACCGCAGCCCUGCUCCCCUCGGCCUCGUGGCUUUGCCUGAGCGUGGGGACCGCAGCCCCAAGAAGGCUCCUAACCUCCCCCGGAGAAGGUGGGAGCCCCACCAUCCCCCGUGGGGAAUGUGCACCCCAAACCCAGUUUCGUCUGUUUGUCCUUCCUCGAUCAGUCUGUAAACCUUCGAGGUUUAGGGAUCGCCCUGUCCAUCCGUGUAAAUGUAAAUGUUGGCCGAGUCGGUAUUUAUUCUAAUUUUUAUUUUAUUUUAUUUUCUCUGAGGGAGGGGGAAGGGGUGUGGGAAAUGGACCACUGAUCACGCCCUGGGCAGCUGCAGGGGCGGGGACCCCGCCAGCCAGGCCGCCGCAAGGAGCAGCCCCAUGGGGCCGCCCCAGACGCCACGUUCCAGUCUCUUAUCUGGCAUCGGAGCCCGGCCAGUGUUGCUCGUAUGACAGACUCUCAGGCCUGCCCGUGGAGUCCUGUGCCUCAGCUGCUGGCGCUGUGUGGGGACCUCUGCCUGGGCCUCUGAGGACGCAGAUCGCAGAGAAGACCACACUCCUCUGCCCGGGACGCUGGCGUACAAGGGCUGCCCGCCUCGCCUGAGCCCGCCGGGAGCCUGGCGACGGGACCUACCUCCCUGGAGCGGGGGCCUGGGGCUGCCCGCCAAAGCCGCGGCAGAAUCCUCCUCACGCGACCACUUUCCCUCCCUCAGUAUGUCCUGCUUUCCAGCUGAACCCAAACUACAAGUGGGUUCAAAAAAUAAACACCAAAACCCAAAAA